AAGAUAAGGAGACCUUUUACAGAUAGCAUCGGUAUGUCACAGCGCUGACUAGUUUUAUUGCAAAUAAGACUGUCACCUUGAUUUUUUUUUCCCCCAAUGAGUUUCACUGAGACUUUGGAAAACAUCACUGGUGCUUUGCUUUUUAAAUCCUCCUUAUUCACAACAUUGUGAUUGGAGGAAAAUCUGUAGAAAGACGAGGAAAAAGAGUCUCCGGAGGUUUAACCCUCCUCCUUCCCCCUCCGCCGGGCCAGGGGGUUUUCUUGGAUUUUUCUGCAUUUCGUUCGGUUUGCGGGUUUCGCCUGCACUUGGCAUCCAGAGAAUUUGCUGCAUGCCUUCCAAGCAAACAAUUGGCCACUAGGUUCCUACUCAGUGUCUGCAAAGUUCCCCGAGCUUGCAAAGCUGGCGCAGAAGAGAAGGGGGUCCCAGCAACAGCAGGGUCUCUGCCUCCAGGCUCCAGUGGCGGCUCUGUUCCGCUCAGCCCUUGCAGGCGGUCUCAUUAAAAGGGCAGGCGGUGAAUUCCCUCGCCGGGAAGCCCGCUGAGUGGGGGGUCCUUCCCAACCGGUCUCAGGCGGCUGCUGGGCUAGCACGAGAAGCAGCAGCGGAAAGGGGGAGCGGGCUGGGCGCUGCAGGAGAGGCGAGCCCCGCUUUGCUCCGCGUUCUCUGCCUUCCCGGAGCUGCUGAUGGAGAAUCUGCGCGGGACCCGGCUGCUGCAGCUGCUCCUACCCCUCAGCUUGGUCCCUUUGCUGGCGGGGCAAGAAAAUUCAGUGGAAAAAUGCUGCAAGAGUGGUAAUGAAUGGGCAAGUCAAAAAAGACAUUGCAAUUCUCUGCCAUUUAUUUCUGAAUCCAAAGAAUGCAGCAUAGUCCAGGAGCAGUGCUGCAGUAAUAAACUGGAGGAACACUACUGUACCAUUGGCAUUAACAUUGCCAAUGACCAUGAAGAAUGUGAGUCACAUGAUGAUAUUUCCACUUAUGAAGCCAAAUUCACUAAGAAAUGCUGUUACUGUUGCUUGCUGGGAAAGACCGCCCAAGUUCAAGGACAGAGCUGUGAGCAGAGCCAACUGAUAGGAUACCAGUGUGGGCAGGUGUUCAGAGCUUGCUGUGUCAAGGGUCAAGAAGGCACUGAAGGGUCAAUUAGCGAUGUUCCUAAAAAAGACCAAGUUAAAAUUUCUGACGAGGAAGUAGACCAAGAGGAUCCUUACCUUCAUGACCGCUGCAGAGGAGGCGGUCCCUGUACACAGCAGUGUAGGGACACAGGCUCCAGUGUUGUCUGCUCCUGCUUUGUUGGGUACCAGCUUCUGUCUGAUGGUGUCACCUGUGAAGAUACUAAUGAGUGUAUCACUGUGAUGCACAACUGUGGGAUUGGACAAACUUGUGUCAAUACAGUAGGAUCUUUCCGCUGUCAGCGUGAAACGAGCUGUGGGACUGGUUAUGAACUCACUGAAGACAACCAUUGCAAAGAUAUUGACGAAUGUGAGAGUGGUACUCAUAACUGCCUCCCCGAUUUUAUCUGUCAGAAUACUCCGGGAUCUUUCCGUUGCCGACCCAAGCUACAGUGCAUGAAUGGGUUUAUACAAGAUGCGCUAGGCAACUGUAUUGAUAUCAAUGAGUGCCUAAGCAUUAACAUGCCAUGCCCAGUUGGACAGAUGUGCAUUAACACAGAUGGCUCAUAUACCUGCCAAAGAAAUGUACCAAACUGUGGACGAGGUUAUCAUCUCAAUGAAGAAAGAACAAGAUGUGUAGAUGUGGAUGAGUGUUCGUCACCUAACCAACUAUGUGGAGAUGGACAUGUUUGUAUAAAUUCCCCUGGCAGUUACCGUUGUGACUGCAGACUUGGCUAUUAUUUUGAGGCUAUCAGUCGAACUUGUAUCGAUGUUAAUGAAUGUAGACACUACUCAGGUCGUCUCUGUGCUCACAAAUGUGAGAAUACUCCUGGAUCCUUUUACUGCAGCUGUACUGUGGGCUUCAAACUUUCCACUGGUGGCAGGUUAUGCGAAGACUUAAAUGAAUGUGAGAGCAACCCGUGUAGCCAAGAAUGUGCCAAUGUGUAUGGUUCCUAUCAAUGUUAUUGUCGUCGGGGCUAUCAACUUAGUGAUAUAGAUGGAAUCACGUGUGAAGACAUUGAUGAAUGUGCUUUACCUACUGGAGGGCACAUCUGUUCUUAUCGAUGUAGUAAUGUUCCUGGGAGCUUUCAGUGCACCUGUCCCUCUCCUGGUUAUAGAUUGGCAACCAAUGCACGAAACUGCCAAGAUAUCAAUGAGUGUGUGGCAGAAACACAUAACUGCUUAUUCAAUGAGACCUGCUUUAACAUCCAAGGCAGUUUUCGCUGUCUCUCUUUGGAAUGCCCGGAAAAUUAUCGCAAAUCAGGAGAUACAGUUGGACUUGAAAGGACAGAUACUAUUCGCUGCAUUAAGUCUUGCCGACCAAAUGAUGUCAACUGUAUGUUGGAUCCAGUCCACACAAUUUCCCACACAGUCAUUUCACUACCCACAUUCAAAGAAUUUACUAAGCCUGAAGAGAUUAUUUUCCUUCGUGCCAUAACACCUGUGCUCCUAACCAACCAGGCAGAUAUCAUAUUUGACAUAACAGAAGGAAAUCUAAGGGAUUCCUUUGAUAUCAUCAAGCGUUACAUGGAUGGCAUGACAGUGGGUGUAGUUCGUCAGGUGAAGCCCAUUGUUGGACCUUUCCAUGCCAUUCUGAAACUGGAGAUGAACUAUGUGGUGAACGGGAUUGUCUCUCAUCGUAACAUUGUCAAUGUGCACAUCUUUGUGUCUGAAUAUUGGUUUUAGUAGAGCUUUAAAAUCUGAAACAAGCAAGCCACUGCAGACUAAAUCCUUACCACAAACUAUUAUGUUAUAUACCAGUUUGUAAAACCCAAUAGUGUUGUUUUUGUUUUGUUUUUUAACAUUUGGAUUAUAGUUUAAUUAAGACAAGUACCAAGCUAUGUUGACUAGAUGUAGGAUGGAGCAAAAUAAAUGAACCUGAUUUGUGUUUAUAAAUAAGUAUGGUAUAAAAGUGCUCAUCUGCUUAGUGAAUUUAAAUUUUUCUCUAAAUAUUCAGGCAAAUCUUAACUAUUGCUCCUUUACCUGAUUGCCAGCGCUAUAAAGGACAUGGGAGAAAGGACUAGCCAUAGACCAUUGUGAUGAAUAUAUGGUACCAGUGGAGGAAAGUCCAAAAAGCAAUGAGUCAUUUUGCCUCAAACUUUUGGGUGCCCAAUUUGAAAUAUCUGAAAAGGCCUGAUUUUCAAAAAUGCCAAAAUAUCCACCCUCUGAAAAGCAGGCCCCUUUAUAUUAAUUCAAGAUGGGCACCCAAAAUCAAUUGCCACUUUUGAAAAUCUUUGCCUAAAGAUUUAAAAAAGCUGUUUGGCCACAAUUACAAGAGGAAUUGUAAAAGGAAGUAAAGAUAGCAAGAGGAACAAGUCUUUGCACCUAUCAGAUAAAACACUCAUGUUUUGUACCUCUUAUUUGACAAUAAAAUGAAGCAUGUUGGAUCCAACUUAACUAAAACCUCUAAUUGGAAUUAAUAUAUUACAAGAAUUACAGCAUAUUGCCUACACUCCAAACCAAAAUAUACUCACCAAUACAUUGGAAUUCUAGAUAAACACCUCUAGAAAGUAAAGCACAGUACAAUAUAUAUUUUUAAACUUUGUAAAGAAACUAGUAUGUUAAGCUAUAGACUUUUCUGAGCACGAGACCAAAGCAUAUGCAAUAAUAUAAUGAAACUUUCUUAAAUAAAUUAAUGUUGAAUGUAUGUUCUGGGCAUCCAAGUAAUGAAAAUAAUGUAUCUUUUUAUUACAAAAGUGAAAAUAAACAGCUCCAUGUUU